UCCGGAAGCGCCCCCCAUCCCCGCUCGCCGGCGGCGCCCCGCGCCCUGCGCCCCGCGGAGCCCCCGGCCCGCCCGCGGCCCCGCCUUCCGCCGCCCCUGGACGCCCCCUCCGCGCCCCCCCUUCCCCGCCGCCCCCAGCCUGGCCCGGGGCAGGAGGGAGGGGGGGUGUGCGCGCUGCGCCGUUCCCGCCCCGCCCCCCGUGAGUCCCCCUGCAUGGCCGGCCCGGGCGGGGGGUGCGGGGGGGCCCGGGCGCCAUGCGGGGGGGGCACAAGGGGGGUCGCUGCGCCUGUCCCCACGUGAUCCGAAAAGUGCUGGCCAAAUGCGGUUGCUGCUUCGCCCGGGGGGGACGUGAAUCUUACUCCAUUGCUGGCAGUGAGGGAAGCAUCUCGGCCUCGGCGGCCUCGGGUCUGGCCGCCCCGUCGGGCCCCAGCUCUGCUCUCAGCUCUGGCCCCUGCUCCCCGGGCCCCCCAGGGUCAGUGGGUGGCCUGAGAAGAUGGCUGGAGCACUCCAAACAUGGGCUUGGCGUGGAGGCUGAGAGCGGCGGCGGCAGCCGGGCUGGACAGUACGAGAACUGGGUGCUGGAACCAGCGUUAGCCCCCGGAGAAGAGUUGCCAGAGCUGACCCUGCUGACCACGCUGUUAGAGGGGCCUGCAGAUAAGGAUCAGCCACCUGAGGAGGAGACUUUAUCGCACGCUCCGGAAAAUGAGGAGGAACAGAAAAAGGCGGCUCUAGAGAGGAGUAUGUAUGUCCUGAGUGAACUGGUAGAGACGGAGAAAAUGUACGUGGAGGAUCUGGGGCAGGUUGUGGAGGGUUACAUGGCCACCAUGGCGGCCCAGGGAGUGCCCGAGAGUCUCCGAGGCCGUGACAGGAUUGUGUUCGGGAACAUCCAGCAAAUCUACGAGUGGCAUCGAGACUACUUCCUGCAAGAACUCAAGCAGUGCUUGGAUGAUCCUGAUUGGCUGGCGCAGCUGUUCAUCAAACAUGAGCGCCGGCUGCACAUGUAUGUGGUAUAUUGUCAGAAUAAGCCCAAGUCAGAGCACGUGGUGUCAGAAUUUGGGGACAGCUACUUUGAGGAGCUCCGGCAGCAGCUGGGGCAUCGCCUGCAGCUAAGUGACCUCCUCAUCAAACCAGUGCAGAGGAUCAUGAAAUACCAGCUGCUGCUGAAGGAUUUCCUCAAGUACUACGGUAGAGCUGGCAGGGACACUGAGGAGCUGGAGCAAGCAGUGGAGGUCAUGUGCUUCGUGCCCAAGCGCUGCAACGACAUGAUGAGCCUGGGGAGACUGCGGGGUUUUGAGGGCAAACUGACGGCCCAGGGCAAGCUCCUGGGCCAGGACACGUUCUGGGUGACAGAGCCGGAGGCUGGGGGGCUGCUUUCCUCCCGGGGUCGAGAGAGGCGCGUUUUCCUCUUCGAGCAAAUCGUCAUCUUCAGCGAGGCGCUGGGCGGGGGCGCGCGAGGGGGCGCGCAGCCCGCGUAUGUCUACAAGAACAGCGUCAAGGUCAGCUGCCUGGGCCUGGAGGGGAACCUCCAAGGGGACCCCUGCCGCUUCGCCCUGACCUCCAGAGGGCCCGAGGGCGGGAUCCAGCGCUACGUGCUGCAGGCGGCGGACCCCGCCGUCAGCCAGGCCUGGAUCAAGCAAGUGGCGCAGAUCCUGGAGAGCCAGCGAGACUUCCUCAAUGCCUUGCAGUCGCCCAUUGAGUACCAGAGACGGGAGAGCCAGACCAACAGCCUGGGCCGGCCAGGAGGGGGCGCUGGCGUGGGCAGCCCGGGGAGAAUCCGCCCUGGGGACCGGGCCCAAGCCGGCAUGCACACACCCAUCAAUGGCUCUCUCCCCUCCCUGCUGCUGCUGCCCAGAGCGCCCCUGGCCCUGGACACACAGGCCCUCAGUGACCUCCCCCGGCCCCGGAGGCCUCACGACUCCCCACCGGCUCCGUCACUCCCCGACACCCCUCCCGGCCAGGCCCGGCUGGCCAAGCUGGACGAAGACGAGCUGUGAUGGGCGAAGGCUGCGAAGGAGGCAGGGGGGAGGGAGAGAGGUGCUGACCGGGCCUCGCUAUCCCCCGGCACCCCAGGGACUUCUCCCCCGCUGUGUCUCGGGGCUGGCCAGGGCCGGCUCGGAGGAAGGUACGAGACGUCAGAGAACUUGUUUGUGCCCGAGGAACUUGUGUCCCUUCAGCUCCCGCCUCUCUGCAUGCAUCCCCGUUCUCCCGGCACAGUUCUCCCCCGAGGAGGAUGCGAGGGUGGGUGCUGGGGCAAGGGCCAGCUAGACAUCCUUGGUUUUAUUUUUGAUCUUUUUUUUUUCUCCUGUUUUCUGAAAAUAAAGGUUUUGUUAUAUCACUGA